GAAGAGUAACAGAGAGAGCAUGAGACAGAGCGAGAGAGCAUUGUUUGUACAGACAGGGAGUAAAACGGUUCAUAUUGUCAAUCUUUGUUUAUAUACCUGAUAUAUAACUCUGCUGGAACAGCCAGAAGAAAAGCCAGAGGAGACGAAAAGAGGUCCGGGAAACUAGAACAGCUUUUCUGGAGAGAGACAGAUCAGAAGAGAGGAAGUUUGGACAUUGAGAGAGAGGUAUUGUGGCGUGGAGACAGUGCUCUGUUGAGAGGUGAAACACAAGUUAUGCUUCAGACCAUUUAUGAGGCAGACUCCAGCAUCUCUGCAGACUGGAGGAGGAGAAUUCUGGACACACGAGACACUAUGAACGAAUCAGGUUCAGAGGUGUUGUCUGCAGUGGGCAGGUCUGAGGUCAGUAUGUCGGACUGGGAUUGUGACUCUGACGAAUGGGAGAAGCAGUUACAGCGCGAGCUGCUUCUGAUCCAGAGACAGCAGCAGAUCCAGAAACAGCUACUCAUCUCUGAGUUCCAGAAACAACACCAGAACCUCCUGAGACAGCACCAGGCCCAGCUCGAGGAACACAUCAAGCUCCAACAGGCUCUGUUAACUCUCCGCCAGCAGCAGGAGGUGUUCACUGAGGAGCGUCGGCUGGUGGAGGAGGAGAGAGAGGAGGUGCACGAGGAGGAGAAGGAGAUUCACAGGAGGGAGACACAGAAACAAAUGCAACACAGGAGGAAGGAGCGAUCUAAAGAGAGUGCGAUGGCGAGCACUGAAGUUCGACAGAAACUGCACGACUUCCUGAUGAGUAAAUCGGCUAAAGAUCCAUCUACGUUCAGUGCUGGUUACCCUCUCAGCCAGCGUGCAAAACUGUGGUACAGCUCCGCCCACCCAGGUCCCGCAGAGCAGAGCUCCCCACCGCUGGGAGAGACCCCUCCCACCUUCAAAUACCCUCUGACCUCUGGUCUGGACUACAGAGAGGACUUCCCUCUCAGGAAAACUGCGUCCGAGCCCAAUCUGAAGGUGCGCUACAGACUCAAGCAGAAAGUUUUCGGGAGAAGAAGCGGUCCCAUGCGGCGCCGAGAUGGCAGCAUACUCGUCACUCCACUGAAAAAACGAACCCUAGAACUAACAGAUUCUUCAGCCAAUGAAAGCCCUGCUGGUUCUGGACCGAGCUCACCGAUGGGCUUGUGCAACAAUGAGAACGGAGCGCCAUACCGGUGCAGCACAACUGAAAUCGAGCGAUGUCUGUCACAGAGUGGUGUCUUAAAGACAGAUGGAUCCAUAUCUCUGCUGAAUCUCUACACGUCUCCCUCUUUACCCAACCUUACACAGGAACUGCACCCUGCUCAUGCACACAUCUGCACGGGUACGGCACUGAAAGAUCGGACUGCAGAGGGGCUCGUGGCCGCUACAUCGCCUGUCUCACUGGAGUCUAAAGUGAGCAACGGUCAACAGGCGCUAUUGCAACACCUCCUGCUGAAGGAGCAGAGACUGCAGAGACAGAUGAUCUCCCCUGGUAGUGUUCCUGUGCAGUCUCCAUCUCCUCUGGUGAUGAAAGACCGUCCGGCAGUGAGCUCUCGCGCCAGAUUACCGCGUCAUCGGCCCCUGAACCGGACCCAGUCAGCUCCGCUGCCUCAGAGCACCCUGGCCCAGCUAGUGCUACAACAACAGCACCAGAACUUUGUGGAAAAACAGAAACAGUACCACCAGCAGGUUCACAUCAGCCAGGUUCUGUCUCAAUCCAUCGAGCAGCUGAGGAACCCCGGCACACAUCUGGAGGAGGAAGAGGAAGAGGAAGAGGGAUCUUCAGCAGACCACAGAGAGUGGGAGAUCACAUCGCCCCCUGCUGUAGUCAUCCGGAGCCGCAGUUUCCCAAACUCCACCUGCAUUACUGCAUGCAAUGAGCCAAGUGCCUCCCAUGCCAAAGUGGUCAGACUGAAACAAGAGCCUCAGGAGGAAGAGAGAGAGAGCGAGAGAGGAAGAGAUACAGGUGAAAAAGACAAGAGGAAUUCAGCUCAGUUCAAACGAAGAGAUGCUGAACAAUGCCUUGAAAAUAUGACUGAAACUGAUGUGUGAAAGAAUGAAAGAAAGAAAAGAAUGAAAAGAAAAGAAAAGAAAUAGAAAGAAAGAAAGACAGGCGGUGAAUUUAUAUAUGUAUAUAUAUGGUGGUGUAAUCCAUCAUGUACACAUUUUCAUGAGAUUCACCCAAAGAGAAAGAUUAAAGUAAGAAUUAGAAAAAGAAAGACACAAAGUAAAGUUGAAUACUCAAAGGAGGGAGAAAGUUUGCAGGUUUGAGAGUGAAAGUACACCUUUCUUUGUUGGCGUCUCUGUCUCGUGUCCCUCCUUCACCAUCUUCGGGAGUUCGCCCUGUCAGUGUGACACUGUAUGUGACCUCUGACAUCUGUCUGUGCUGUGAUCUUCCUCCUCUGGUUGUUGUUGUUGUGUUUGAAGCUAUAUAAAGAAAAGCAAUGAGCACAGAUUUUCAUUACACCCCCCACAGUCCACAAACAGUAGCACACCAGCUGUUUUUCCUGUGAAAGGUCAUGUGACUAAAGGAAGUGUGGCUAGUGAGCAUUUCUGUUGUCUGAAGGGUGACGUGCAAAAAAAGAUCACAAAAUCACAACUGAAAUUGUUUACCAUCAAUCUAGAUGGAUUUAAACAUCCUGACGGGACGCAACGCAACAGGUUUCCAAUGCCAAGCUAAAAUACUGCCACCAAAAAUUAAAUCACAGCGAAUCAAAACAUAUUUAAUGUUUAAUAUUAAAUUCUUUAAUAUUAAAUAUUAAAGUCAUUACCCUUAGUUAAUAUAAUGGUUUUAACUCAACUUAAAUAGGUUCGUCAAACUCAAUUUACUAAAGUUUAUUCAAUACUUUUUCUUAUGUUGGUCCAACUUAAUUUAUUUUAUUAUAUGCCAGGUGAGAAAUGCAUAAAAUAACACUUAAUUUCAACACUUCCUUAAAACUUCAUUUUAAUUAAGUAAAUUGAACAAGCAGCAAAAAAAUAAAUAAAUACAAAAUAUUUUUUAAUGGUGGUAAAUGUGUUAAAGGAAUAACGUACAUUUUGAGUUAUAACUGAAACCAAUUUCAUGCCCUCAAAAGACUUAGAAUAUGAUUCUGGAGUCACAUGGAUCUUUUUUUUUAAAGUGAGGCACUAUCCAUGGCAAAUUUAUAUUUUUAUAUAAAGAAAGUCAUACAGUUCAUGAGGGUGAGUAAAUUAUGACAGAUUGUUUUUCUUCACAUUUUUGGGUGAACUAUUCCUUUAAAUGAAGCUGAGAGUACUGCACUCUUAUUGGCGUCCAAAAGCAUAAUCAAAUUAGACAAAAUAUUCAAUAAAUAAACAUGCAAGAAACAGGGAAUAUGUCAAACGUUGUAAAUGAGGGGCGUUCCUUAUGAAUUCUGCAGGCGCAGGUUACUUGGGGAUGAAUGUAGAAUUUUUUUUAGUGAUUGCUAUGCCCCUGCUAGUUUGUUAAUGUGAUGGGAAUCUGUGUUUGUAACAGUCCGGACAGUCUAGACUGAAAUCGUGGAUGAUUUAAUUACAGCAAUUAUUUGUGGAUGAGAACAAAUUAUGUUUCAAUGUGUCUUAUGUCUUCCUUGGUGUUUGAUUCUUUUUAAAGAACAAUAUAAAAAUAAUCGGUGUGAAUUUACCACGUUGCCGUCAUUAAAAGAAGAACGUUUUUAGAACACUGUUGUCUAAAAUCUUGAUAUUUAAUGUAAAAAGUUGCAUCCAGAUUUCAAGAGCUCAAUUCACAAUGAUGCCAGCACAAAUCCUCGUUAAGAUGUAUAAAGUUUUGUGAAUUUGCAAUAUCAUUUUGUGAUCAUACACUGUGCAAAAGGCAUAUGAGAUAUCACAUUUGAUGUACAGAGCAGCAUACAACAUGUUUCAUAAAGAUGUUUAGCAACACACACUGCUACAUGAUGAAUAAGACAAAAAUUGUGUUUAAUGACUUUCACUAAUCACUAAUUUUCUUAAUCAUGUGGCCACAAAAGUUUUUACCUCACUGCUAUGUAAAUAGAGUUAAUUAUUCACUGUUGCGAUAGAGAUUGAAUCAAUAACUGCAUGAAAAACCUUGGGUCAAAGGUCAUGUUUAUGUUGACUUAGUUUUAAAAUAAAAGUU